AUGGAUAGACUUCGGAAAUGGCGCUCACGACGAAAAUCAACCGUGAUAGUUGCCCAGAAGGGACACAAUAGCCUCGAAGACCCGCCGCCACGAUACGAGACAGAUCUAUCGCCCCCGGCCGCAGAUCCAUCAGCAUCCCACUACGGCAUCAAGGUCCUACACGCAGAUCCCUCUGCGGUAGUAGACAUUUGCUUCAUCCAUGGGUUGACCGGAGACCGUGAAAAGACAUGGACUGCCCACGGUCACUCUACACCAUGGCCCCAGUCAUUGUUGCCUUCUAGGCUGCCUGCGCGAAUUCUUACGUAUGGAUAUAAUGCGCACAUCACACAAAAGUCCGUCGCUUCAUCCAAUCGGCUCAUCAAUCAUGCGCAAAACCUAUUGACUGAUCUUUCAGCGGAUCGAGGGUUUGAAGGCGCAGUUGAUCGACCCCUCAUCUUUGUCGUGCACAGCCUCGGCGGGCUGGUUUGCAAAAAAGCAAUUUUGCUGUCUCAGAAUGCGGCUGAGCCCAAAUCUCGAUCCAUAUUCGAUUGCCUCAAGGGCGUCGUGUUCAUGGGGACUCCACAUCGAGGUGCUUGGAUGGCAGACUGGGCAAAGACGCCUGCCUCCGCUUUGGGAUUAGUCAAAUCUACGAAUGUGAUGCUGCUGGAUAUUCUGCAAAGAGACAAUCAGCUCCUGGAUUCGAUCCAAGUCGAUUUUCUCACCAUGAUUCGAAGGUUGAGAGAAAGUGGAAGACGCGUUGAGAUCUCCUGCUUUUAUGAGGAACUUCCAUUCCCCGUCGUUGGGAAGAUCGUGAACGAACAAUCGGCCACUUUGGACGGAUUCGAUGCCGUCAGCAUCUAUGCAAACCAUCGAGACAUGGUCAGGUUUGCUUCGGAUGAGGAUCCCGGGUUCAGAAGAGUGUUAUGGCAGCUCCAUGACUGGACAUCCCAAAUAUCGACCGGUGAGUUUUGA